UAGAAGUUGGCAGAGGGAUGUCACUGCGAUGAUGGCGCUGCAGCUGAAGAACGGGGAUGCAGCGUACUACCAGAGUGCGGAAUAUUGCAGACAUUACACUUCGCCUCCCGUAAACUACGGUGACAGCAGGCAUUAUCUUGCCCGUUUGCCAGGACCAGAGACCAUGUUGAAGCCCCCUAUGAGUCUCUUCAGCCUCCCCCAGCAGCCUUUUCACCACAUGGACUCUCUGCACCAGCUGAGACCCCCACCAAUGGUGCCUACACAGACUCUUGGCCUGCCACCCCUUGUCCCUGCUCAGGCACUUGGACCUCCUACUAUGCUACCUACCCAGACUCUUGGGCCCCCGCCUCCUCACGUGUUAAGACAUCCCCUUAUUGCCCCCCCACACAGCUUAGGCCCCCCUCCAAUGGCCCCAACACAGCCAAUGGGGCCUCCACCAAUGGCACACACCUUGGGUCCCCCACCUGUAGAUCAUACACACGCAAUAGUGCCUCCAAACAUGGACCUUAUACAACCGUUGGGGCCUCCACCUUUAAACCUUGCACAGGCCCUGGUGCCUCCACCUGUAGUGGGACCCGGAGCCGGAAGAUUUCCCCUCCCUCCAAGCCCCAUGUGCUCCCCUCCUCCAAUGGGCCCAGACCCUUCACACCUGCCCCCAAUGCCCCCACGACCAGCCCAGAUGUCCUGUCUCCUCCCUGGCCCUCUCCUGGGUCAGGCAGCCCCAGCCAGCGAGCUGCCCCGGGAUGAGGGUUCUCUGCUGGGGAUGGAGGAGCAGAACGACUCACUGGGGGAACUCUGCAAACCACUGUACUGUAAACUCUGCAACGUGACACUCAACUCUGCUCAGCAGGCGCAGGCGCACUACCAGGGAAAGAACCACAAUAAGAAGUUGAGGAAUUUCUAUGCUAGCAGUCAGCAGCCUCCAGCCACCAGGAUACCAGAGGUCCUCGAGGCGGCUGGCCAGACAUCCCUCAGCUCAGGACCAAACGACAGUGACGCAGGCAGACAGGCACAGUAUAAAGGAGCGACCCGGGUCAUCUUGGCCACAGAGAAUGACUAUUGUAAGCUGUGUGACGCCUCCUUCAGUUCACUGGCAGUUGCACAGGCCCACUACCAGGGCAAGAACCACGCCAAGAAACUACGACUCGCUGAGGCCCAACAAAUCUCCAGUAACCUGGAGAGCAGCAAUGAGGCGGCCCCAAGAAGGAACAGGAAAGAUGGCAGUGAGUACAGACUGGUGAAGAACCGCCGCAGCCCACAGCUACCUGCUUCUAUGCCAGGGCCGUACUACAACCCGAGACCGAGGCAGCGCAUCCCCAGGGACUUGGCAAUGUGCGUGACUCCCAGCGGACAGUUCUACUGCUCCAUGUGUAACUGCGGAGCCGAGCAGGAGCCCGACUUCAGGCAGCAUCUUGAGAGCAAGCAGCACAAAGCAAAAGUGUCGGAGCUAAGAUACCGCCACGAGAUGGAGAACCUCGGCUACAGCUAAGAGACACAAGAGGAGAGUGGUCGGGGAGAUAACAGAAAGAGAGUAGAUUGACAGAGAAUAAGUGGGAGACAAAAAGAGAAGACCAAAGUGCUGGAGGGCAAAUACUUCCCUCUGUUAAAGGGGAACAUUCAGAGAAGAGAUUAGCACACAUGGCCUCAAGACCUUGUUGCAAUUCAUUUGAUACGCUAAAAUCCUCAUAUUUAGCAUAAUGCUCCACAAUAUGAAGCUUCAAUGAGAUUUGAUGGAUUUAUUUGAUCCAGGUAUUACUCUUGAAAUGAUGUCUGUAUAUUGAGGCUUGUAACAUGUUUGCAGAUAACAGACAUGUAAAAAAACGAAUACAGAUUUUCGAUGUACAAGUUCUUUAUUUAGAGUUAGAUACAGUUUGAGACACUCCACUCUGUCUCAGUCUCCUCUGAGGCUUUGAGUGGGUUGCAUUGUGACUCAGGAUGCAGGUAAAUGCAAAUGGAUUGCAAGUACAUCUUGAGCUUGAUCAGGCUGCAGGAAAAGGACUAGUGGUGCACAGAAAGCCAACAUCCCAGGAGAGGAGGCACAUUUGGUACAUGCACAGGGCUAAAGCAUUUACAAGGAAUGCAAAAUGUGGAAAAUAGCAAGAAGACUGGUAGACUGUUUUGGUACUUGAAGAAUUGAAAAAAACACACACGUGGUCAGACAAGUGUCCUCGUUGGGAUAACAAUCAACGCUGAGGACAAAGUUUGAGUCCUACAGGUAUUUUUUACAGGCCCUACAGAAGGGUCUUCAGGGCCACUUAUAGUGACAACUAUAAGCCACAAAUUCAACAUCUUUUUAACCUGACACAGGUUAUAAAUCCAAAGCUAAUUCAUAAAAAAACAAAGCACAACAUCCUCUGUUAUAAACAGUGUUACAUUACAUUACAUUGCAUUUAGCUGACGCUUUUAUCCAAAGCGACUUACAAUAAGUACAUUCGACCAGGAAGACACAACCUUGAAGAAAACAGAAUCAUAUAAGUACAUCAGGUUUCAUAGAGCCAAACAUUUCAAGUGCUACUCAACUGGCUUUAGGUAAGCCAGUCCUUUAUUAGUAUAAAAGUGCUUCGUUAAUAGUUCUAACGCUCGAAGUGGAGUCGAAAGAGAUGAGUUUUCAGUGUGACAUGAAUCUAUAAGCCUUAGCCGACUUGUUAGCGGUUUUCUGGCGUGUUUCAGGCUGGAGGCUACAUCCUGGCUAGCCUUGUUUGUGCCUUUAGUGAGAAUGAGGCUAAACUUAAAGAGUAAACUUUGGCUAGCCAUUUUGACAUAUAGUGGAAACCAAUCAAUGCAACUGAUUGGAUUGUUCUAUUAUCUGUGUCGCCUCUUUUAUUAUGAUAAAUCCACAUUAUGUAAAUAUUCUCAAAUGACAUUAAAGAUGUACAUUUAGGAUAAUAUACAUGAAUAUUAUUUAAUCCUUUGGUUAAUGUUAGCCUAGAAUACAUUGUAAAUACUCAUCUAUCUCAUUUAACUAUGAUCAGGAUCUUAUGUGCACUGACUGAAUGUCUCAGCACUGUUUGUGUGUGGAUGUUACUGUAGGCCCUUUAUAGCACUUUGGGUGAUGCCCUUGUUCAUUGUUAAAGUACCAUCUGUCUCGUUAAAAGCUGCUAGUCUCAUCAUUGUGACUGUGCCGGAGGACGGCACAGUGAGAGGAGAAGCUGUCUCUGAAGCUUCUUUUGAGGCAGGGUUCAAGCUUUAUCUCUUUCUAUUCAAGUCAGCCAAACUGGCAUUGUGAUAGGAAGAAAUGUGACAAUAGAUCGGGAGUGAUGCAGAGAGCUGAAAGCAUUUGACUUAACUUUUAAUUAGAUUGCAAAUGAACAUGUUGAAGAGCUCAUGGAUGUUUUGGGUUGUAAGACACUCCAUUUAAUUCUCCUAACCAAUCGCAAUUCCCACAGGGGACAUUAACAGAUUUGAAUGCAGUGUGACGUGGCUGCAGACAACUCACGUAAUGUUUUCUGUUGUUUUUAUAACUGACCCAGGUAGAGAUGCUUUUUUCAGUAUUCAACCCAUCCUGAAAACAUCAAUUGUGUAAUCGGAAUCAAAUUAGAUUUUCUCUUUCUGUUUAUUCGAUUAUCUGUUCCAGCUCAGUAGUGCUGAGCUGAACACAGCGCUGUCACAAAGUAUUUGGAGCAACUCUAUUAAGUAGUCAAUGUAAACAAAAAUCUACAUUUUUAUUGUUUGAAACACUCAAUGUGACUUUUAAAUUGUUAUUUAUAUAUUGAUCAUUAGUUCUUUAAUUCUUUAAAUAGAAAUAAUGAGUGUAUUUAUGGCUCAAGUAAUCAUUUACAGUAUCACCAGUAGAUUUUUGGAUUGCAACAUGUGUCACACAUAUUGUAUACAAGAAUAGAUUACUGUAGUUCAAAGGUGAAACAGCUUCCCUUUAAAUGUGCUUUUCUAACUUUCCACGCACACAUGCACACCCAGUCAAAGCCUGAUCGGGUCACAUCAGCAGUGGUAUAAUGUGAAAGGAAAGCAAUAUCCUGGUUUGGUUAUUUGCAGGGAGAGGCAGCUGUUCACAUCUUUCAUUUGACUCUUGGGCACAGAAACACCUGAUCACACAGAUGAGGACGCUCAGGAGAAAAGCACUGUGAGGAUAUUAACAUGUGAGAGAGUUGGAGUGACUAACAGAGCAUAGAAAACUAAAUAUGAGGCUGUUUUCACUGUGCCGUGUAGUUUAAUAAGAAAAAGAACAAGGGUGAGCUGAUGAAAGCAGAGCUGAAGUGAAAGCUGUGGGCGAGACACAGGGAGUCGAGGAGUUCUUCAGUUGCAGUCUGUUAAUAGCUCUCCUCCUAGAAAUAACAUGCUUUGUCUUACAUGAAGGAAUGGAUGGCACAACCUUUUAUUAUGUUGACAGGCUCACACUCCAAUGCAGAUGAUGAACACUUUCAGCAAAAGCAUAGAGACAUGGGGAAAGUGUAGAAAGCUAUCAAACUAAAGAGCCUUAAGAUCCUAUGAGAUAACACAGUAGUAAAUGGUUUCAUGUAUUUUGACUCUCUAAACCAGUGGUUCCCUAACCUUUUGGCUCAGGACCCCUUUAAAUAUCUACUUGAUAUUCACAGGUAAUGGCCUUAGUGUGGACAAAGCUGGAAUUAUUCCCAUCAGAUUGUUUCUGUGAACAAGACAUUGAAAAUGUUAGGAGAGUUUUCACAGCUGAAAGCAAGUUUUGCAUUAUAAGAUAAACUUGUCCAUCUUGUAGACGGAACACUGUUUAAAAUCUUUAUUGUACUCACAUGUCGGAUAUUUCUUUAUAAAAUAAAGUUUUGAUUCAUCAAAUUAUCUAAUGGAUACAAGGUCCCAGGAACAACACCGGGUUCUGGCCAACAUUUGAUAAUGAUAGCAUGAUACCAUUGGCCCCAAAACAUAUAUUUUCCAUCAUUGGGAAAAAGACAUCUGUAAAUCAGUAUAAUAAGAUUUUCUUGCGGGAAAUGCAUUUCGACCUGAAUUAUAUUCCUUCUUUUGCUCAUGUGAAUGAACCCAACUGGAGCGGAUAAAAGAUCUAUUGUCCUCCAAUAUAUUAGUUAGAACACUAAAGGAAGCCACAACAGGAUUGACCCGAAAAUAAAGGAGUUAUGACAAUUAACACAAUACUCGACUAUUUUCAGUUAAAUUCCAUUCUACCUUUAUUGUUUUUUUUUGGUUGCACAAAGUAAAACCUUUGUGCAACCAAAAAAAAACAAAAGCCAAUUAAAUCAAUAAAUUACUGUGGCAAAUGAAGUCAUCUUCAUUGACCUUGAUAUGUUAACAGGUUUAAUAUUUUGGCAAUCGGUUCUUUUAUAUGCUCACUGUUACUGAAAUAGAUUAGAUUUGCAUUCAUGCUUCUAGAAAGAUUAUUUGGUUGUUGUUUGAACUGGUAAUACGCUAAAAUAUUGAGGUUAGUGUUUCUGUUUUGUUUUGUUCCAACUGUGUUUGCUUUUUAGAGACUGUAAGAGCUGGUUAAUAUAAUAUUAAGAACAUAAUUAGUUUUACUCUUCAACUAUCAAAAUCCUGGUGUAUUUCAGCACCAUAGGCUGAAUUCCAGUCCUCUGUUGUGAAACACAGCGGUAAUACAUAUCGCAGAGUAUACAUUGUAUCUGGUUUAUUUUGUGCAUGAGUAAAUUCAUACUUAAUAACUGUUGAGAUGUUUUUUACUGGAGAGGGAUGCUGUUCAAUAAUGACCGGCUAGAAAUAUCUGCGUUGUGCUUAAUCUACAAAAGGGCAAUGGAAAGAUGAUUUUUGCACUGAAUUUAAAAGACAUUUAUAAAGAUGAUAUAUUGUUGUUAGUUCAAGUGAAUAUUUGCUACCAUUGUCAUAAUUUGCCUCUCAACAAUUUGUAUCCUAAUGUUUUACAAGAUGAGAAUUUGAAACUGUAAAUGGAUGUGUAUCAUAUUUGUAAUUGUGUGUGUUUAUCCAUUGGUUGCACUGAUCAUACUAAGGCAGAUGGGCCACUGUGAGGUUAUAUCGGGAAAAAGAAGGUUACUAUAAUCUGUCAUUUACAACCUAGUUUGGUACAAAUUGUUAUAUAAAAAGAUAUAUCGCUCAACGAAAUUAGACACCACUGGUCUGGUGUUGACUUAACAAAGGGAUGGUGAUGGACCUGAGUUGUAUAUAGACUAUAACUGUGAGCCUGUAGGGUUAUACAGUAAAGCCCAUAAUAAGCUUAAUGUGUAUGACAUGUAUUGGGCAGUAGUUUCCAACACUUUGUAAUUACAGUGACAAACAGUUGUCUGGAGAAGGUUGAAUCCAAAUGAUUUGGUCAUCACUUUUCCGUUGAUCUGAAAGGCUUCUUCAGUCCAUCUGUUGUGGAUAAUAGUGGUAUCAGGUAACUAUGCUAACCAUGAGCCGCAGGACAAUCCACUUUUACAAUGAGGGAAUGGUAAGAGUCCUCGGCCACUAUCACUCUUCAGCAACAAUUAAGCUGAAGAGGCUCUUUGGAUGAACAGUGAAGGUGUCUUCAAUCAAAACUCUCGUCCAGUGUUUUGCAUUUUCUCCAGCCACCGGAGGCAUCAGGAUUAGAACCAUUGUUGAGAACAACUUGUGAUAAAACAAAAUGUGUUUUGAUAGCAAGAUUUGCAAAGGCACAGUUUCAAAUUUUGUGAAAUACCUUUUGUCACUUUCUUGCUUUGAGUUUGAUGAGGAUUGACACCACUGCCAUGUCUGCAAAUUGUGAAAGUAUGGAGCUAAAUCCAGGGGGUGGUUAGCUUAGCUUAGCUUAGCAUACUGGCUGAAACAGGUUCAAAUUACUACCGUUUCAAAUUUGCCCAGUGGUCAAUUUCGGUUUGGCAACAAAUAAUUGUGUUGCAUCCUAAAAGGCAUUUUCCAUAUGGUCACAAUUAUAAAAGAGACGUCUGUAUAACUGUUGACAUAACCAGGAAGUACAACCUGAAGUUAGGAAAGCUUUUGGGCUCCAGCUCCAUACAUGCCUUCAGAGGGUGGGAGUGGUCUCUAUCUCCUGCUCUACCGCUCCAAGAAAGUCAAAAGAACAUUUCCCAAAACUACUCUGUAUAUGUUGAAUCUGCCUAUUCACUUCUGCUGUAAUAAUUUCUAAUGUUGUAACUCAAUCACAACAUAUAGAGAAUGUCAUGCUUGCCUCACAUGAAGCCAAUGUUUCCUGGUCUUGUACAUACAUACAUAGAAUUCUACUGUCAGGGGCCCCAACACAUCCUUCAAAGCGCCCACUGCAGGACACCAUAUGUUCCUGUACUCCUGUGAAAACCUCAGCACACUUUCAGUGCCUCUAAACAAUGUUGCCAAUAUACCACUGACAGACUCGAUGGAUGCCUGGACGACUGAUACUCUGAUUUCUGCGGCUGUGUAUGCGUGUGUGUUUUCUGAAGGAUGAAUAAACGAGCAGAUGAUAAUAACACCCAAGCUGAGUUGAUGAUCAU